AUGGCGAAACCCGCUGAUCGCGAUACCCGCUCCUCGCCAAACACGCUCCUCCCUCUCGUUUCCCCCCUUUCUCCCUCUCGUUCCCCCCCCCCUCCGCCUCUCAUUUUCCCCCCUUCUGCCUCUCGUUUCCCCCCCUUCUCCAUCUCGUUUCCACCCAUCCUCCCUCUUGUUUCCCCCCUCCACCCACUCGUUUCCCCCCCUUCUCCCUCUCGUUCCCCCCCCAUCCGCCUCUCCUUUCCCCCCCUUCCGCCUCUCGUUUCCCCCCCUUCUCCCUCUCAUUUCCCCCCCUCCUCCCUCUCGUUUCCCCCCCUUCCCCCUCUCGUUUCCCCCCCUUCUCCCCCUCAUUUUCCCCCUUUCUUCCUCUCAUUUCCCCCCUAUGCUCCCUCUCAUUUCUUCCCCUGCUCCCUCUCAUUUCCCCCCCUGCUCCCUCUCAUUUCCCCCCCUGCUCCCUCUCAUUUUCCCCCCCUGCUCCCUCUCAUUUCUCCCCCUGCUCACCCUCACUUCCCCCCUUUCUCCCUCUUCAUUUCCCCCUCUCCUUCCCCUCAUUUCGCCCUCUCCUUCUCCUCAUUCACCCUUUCCUUACCCUCAUCUCCCCAUCUCGUUUCUCGCAUUUCCCCUACUCCGUCCCCUUGUUUCCCCCUCUCCCCUCAUUUCAUCCUCUCGUUCCUCUUGUUUCCCACAUUUCCCCUUAUCCGUCCUCUCCUCUCCCUUUCUCCGUCCCCUCCUUUACCCCUCCUUCCCCUCAUUUUCCCCUCUCCCUCCCCUCAUUCCCCCCUCUCCUUUCCCUCAUUUCCCCCCUCCUUACCCUUCCCUGCCCCCACCCUGCCGGCAGGUGAGUGCGCUCAUGCUGCUGGCGCGCGUGAGGGAGCUGCAGCGCCCUCACAUGCUGCACACUUACCCUCUGUUUCUUCUGCAGCUUGCCCUUGUCUAUAA